CCAACACGAUCACAUCGCAGAUCCGACCAACUAUACAUCAUCGCAUAGUAUCGUACAGUAUAGCAUAGUAUAGUAUAGUACGGUUUAACAAGUGCUCGGCGGUACGAGUUCUGUUUAGCGUUGAUCCGCGUUGAUUUAGAUUUAUGUUUUGAUUUUUCGUCGUUUCUGUAAACGAGUGUUUCGGUUAAUUGCCAGUUGUUCAAAGGCUUUUUUGCACCAGCUAUUUUCGAUUAUACUGGUUAUUUGGAUAUUGCACGAAUAGAAGUGCAUUCAUUCCUGUUAAAAAGAAGGGUUUCAUAAACCUAAAACGUCAUGACUAAGAAUGGCCUCAGCAAUGCGGCUUAUGUCAGCGAUCAUGCAGACAAAUUGGAGCUGGCCGAGAAGGGUCAGAAGAACAAGGCCAUAGUGGCCAAGGAUCCCGACUACAAUCCCUACCACCAUCGGGAUGUGGAGCAUCCCACCACAAAUUCUGAGACCCUGUUCCAUUUGUUGAAGGGUUCUCUGGGAACUGGCAUUCUGGCCAUGCCGAAUGCUUUUCGUAACUCCGGCUAUAUUACAGGGGCCAUUGGCACCAUCGUCAUUGGCUUCAUUUGCACUUUCUGCAUCCAUCAGUUGAUCAAGGCGCAGUAUGAACUAUGCCGUAGGAAAAAGAUGCCCAGCAUGAACUAUCCAAUGGUGGCGGAGACAGCCAUGGGAGAAGGUCCAAAAUUCUUCCGUUUCUUCGCUCCAUAUAUUGGCACUGUGGUGAAUACUUUCCUGCUGAUCUACCAACUGGGCACAUGCUGCGUAUACGUGGUUUUUGUGGCCUCCAACAUCAAGGCCAUUGUGGAUGCAGUGGCUGACACCAAUAUCGAUGUGCGACUCUGCAUGAUCAUCAUAUUGCUGCCUCUAAUCCUGAUCAACUGGGUCCGCAAUCUGAAGUAUCUGGCUCCUUUCUCUACAUUGGCUAAUGCCAUCACCAUGGUCUCCUUUGGCAUUAUCUGCUACUAUAUCUUCCGGGAACCGGUCACCACAGAGGGCAAGGAUGCCUUUGGAAAACCCUCCAAUUUCCCGCUUUUCUUCGGCACAGUUUUGUUUGCUCUUGAGGCUAUUGGCGUGAUCCUGCCAUUGGAGAAUGAGAUGAAAACCCCGCAGAAAUUCGGUGGCAGUUGUGGAGUCCUCAACGUAUCCAUGGUGCUCAUUGUGUUCCUCUACGUGGGCAUGGGUCUGUUUGGUUAUCUUAACUAUGGAUCCGCGGUUUUGGGUUCCAUUACUCUUAAUAUGCCAGAGCAUGAAGUACUUUCCAUGUGCGUCAAGGGAAUGCUGGCCUUUGCCAUCUAUAUAACCCAUGGAUUGGCUUGCUAUGUGGCCAUAGAUAUUACCUGGAACGAUUAUGUGGCCAAGCGUUUGGGAGCCCAACGUAAUGCCCUGUUUUGGGAGUACGCCGUGCGGACAAUCCUUGUCCUGAUGACCUUCCUUCUGGCCGUGGCCAUUCCCAACCUGGAGCUGUUCAUCUCCCUGUUUGGAGCUCUGUGCCUUUCUGCCUUGGGUCUAGCUUUCCCGGCCCUCAUCCAGAUCUGCACGCAUUGGUACACGACAAAGGGAAUCGGAAAGGUGUGGCUAGUGUUGAGCAACUUUGUGCUCAUCAUUGUGGGCAUCCUGGGCCUGGUAAUCGGCACGUACACCUCGCUCAAAGAGAUCGUGCUGACCUUCUCCGAGUAGUCAACAUAUUCAUGAACCCAAAUCCGCCAGCGGGCAUUCCAAUUCAAGCGAAAGUAUUAUGAGCAAUCGAAAGAUAUUGAAAUCUGUAGACAUUCGCAGCGCAGCACAAAUGACAAGAUACAGAUACAACUAAAGUUAGAGAUACAGUUUACAUGUGUAAACUUCUUACUCAGAACUAUUUGUUGUGUAUUUGUAUAGAAUUUAUCAGAUUUGUGAUAUUUUUAAGCAUCGUGCCCAAGAAUCUGUACAACAAGUGUGUGUAUAUCAUAAUAUCUCUUUAUAUAGUAGAUAACGUCUUGAUAAGUAGUUUAGUGCCAAGUCACAUCUUUAUAAGUCAUAUUUAAAGAACGAUAGCAAGCAUAUUAAUAAAAAUAUAUUGCCAUAUUAA